UUGGAUUCUGUUUCCCUGGAGCGCGAGCGGUUUGUGGCGGAGCCGCGGGCGGAGGGUGAGUGAGUGAGUGAAACCCGGAUCAGAGCGAGUGAAACUGGAACCAGGAAUGAGCUGCGCCGAAGAGAAACGAGUCGCCGGUCGAAGGAAGAAGAACAAACGGGGGUCUGGAAACGGCGGCAGCAGCAGCAGCGCAGUCCCGGGAGAGAGCCGCAGCCCCAGUCCGGCUGAGGAAGCGCCGAGCCCGGCGCAGGGCGAGCAGCCGCGGGCGGGGAUGGAGCCGGGCCCAGGCUGGAGCGGGGAGCAGAGCAAUGAAUUAAUGAAUGACGGAUUCUCCUGCCAACUCAAUGGAUGCAUCAAUAGUAAACUUAAAAAGCCAUCCCUUGCUGUCCACCAACCAGCAAAAGACUGUUGUUUGUUGUGCCACCAUGAACGUAAAGACUGGGGAACACAACAGAAUGGGAUUGUGGACCUAAAGAAGUUGGCACAUUCGGUGCCUGCAUUGACACAUGGCCUGCUUGAGCGCAUGCCACUUUGGAUAUGCCAGACCUGUCAAAGAAGAGUUGAGGAAGAGGAGCAACGGGCCAUACUUGAACAAACCCUUACGGUGGGACAAGGUGAAUGUCAGGCACAUAACGAAGAGGUGACCGAUGACUCAGUGAGAACAAUGGCAGAAGGAGAUGCAGUCUCAAAUCCACACAGGUUACCAACAGAAAAAUGUCACCACUCCACAAUCCACUGCUGCCAUCAAGUGCAUAGGCAGACAUUGGUAUCCAAUAAUCCUCAUCAACAACAGCUACAGCAACUUCAGCCAUGCACAGCCACUCCAAAUGGCACAUGUACUAAGGAAUCAAGCAGGGUAACUAGUGAUUGUUCAAGAUCGCCCUCCUGUGUCUCUGUAAAAACCAGUUCUGUGCAAUGUAAGAACAUGUCCAGAAGGCCAACGCCACCAGGUGGAGAGUUCCACUGCUCAGAAGAUCACAGGUAUUCUGUCCUAGCGGCACCUCCCAACAGUCCCACUGGCCUGUCCUCCCAUCAGCAUCCUCUUACGGCACCAAAGUCUCCUCCUCAAGUUAUUAAUGAGCCAACGGUUUCCAGUCAUCAACAUGGACAUGCAACUUCUACAACCUCAUGCACCAUGCCACACACCACUGUAACCUCCACUAAUUCAAAUCGGCGACCAUCAAUGACAUCUGGUAUCUCGCAAGUUCUGCCUCAUAUACCCAAGACCUCUGCAGUUGCUGUGACAACUGCUCCAUCUCCAGAUGUGUCCUUGAUUUCAAAAACCUCUGCUGCUGUUUCAACAGGUGUGCUUGUGACUCCAGUGCCUCCAAGUGCUAGCCCUCAUAUUUCUAACAAUGGGUUAGCUUCUUUCCCAAAGACUACAGCAGCUUCCCCUAUUUGCACCAGCCACUAUAAUGGAGCUUGCCCAGUAACAGCUUCACCAAACCUGGCUGCACCAGGCAAUGGCGUCUGCAGGGACCAGUCAUGCAAGAGUCGUCUGUGCACAAAUGAAACUGCCUACAGCCCCACACAGAUGCACAAUGCAGAUGAAAGUCUGGAAGAAGAUGAUAGCUGUUCAGAACACAGUUCAUGUACAUCUCAUACUGCCAAUCAGAAAGAAGGAAAAUACUGUGAUUGUUGUUAUUGCGAGUUCUUUGGUCAUGGACCGCCUCCUGCAGCUCCAACAAGUAGAAAUUACACUGAAAUCCGGGAGAAGCUAAGGACGCGGCUGACGAAACGCAAGGAGGAGCUCCCGCAAAAAUCGAGCAGUGGGUCCAUCCGGGAACCACCAGUGGAUGAAAGGAAUGUUGAAGAUCUGUUAAACUACAUCAACAGCUCAGAACAGAAACCAGUCAACAGUGCCAAAGCGGCCAAACGAGCACGGCACAAGCAGAAAAAGCAGGAGAAAGCCCGUUCAGAGGUUUGUGAUCAAAGACCAGAGAAACCAUGUCCAUCUACAAUGCAUAUUCAGGAUCUGGAGAAAGUUUCUGUGAUAAAUCAACAUAUCCAAGAGGGUAUAGAAGAGAAAGUCUUGAUAUUCAACCAGCAUGUUCAAGAAGAUAUAGAGGAGAAAGUUUCAAAGCUCAACCAGCAUAUGCAAGACGAUAUAGAAGAGAAACUGAAUCAGCAAGAGCUAUGGCACCAGGUGGAAUUGCAGCGAGUGAGCAGCAUCUUAACCACCAGACUGGAGCAGCUUAAAGACCGAAUCAGAGAUUCCAUCAAAGCAAACUUCAAUCUAUGUGAUCUGCCCAAGGAUGACUUUCCAGAGCUGACAUCUGUGGAGAAGGGUUUACUGAUAGACAGCAAUGGCAUCGUGGACAAAGAAGAAACAAGAAUAAUAGAUCAUCAGAAACUCAAUUUGAACUUGUCCUUAACAACACCAGGGAUUGUGCAGAAUCAUUUGUUGAAUGGAAAUAAGCAUGCAGUUACCACAGACGAUGAGCACAAUGGCUCUGAUAUGGUUUUACAGGAAAAUUCAUUAGGAAAGAAAUCAAAGGGCAGCUGUUCAUUACCUUCAAAGGCUGAAAAUAUUUCCACACUACGAACGGGGGACGCUGGUGCAGUAGUACUGCAUAAACCAACCACAGAAUCGAAAAUGACACAACAAACAUCAAGGAGUGGGAAACAACCAAGGCAGCCCAGGCAUCAGACUUCUGAGGAGACCAAGGGCAAAACCAUGGUUUCAAGAAAAGAGCACGAAUACUCCUCAGCUCCCAAAAUGCAGAGUUCCAAACAGCAUGUAUCUACUGCCAAACACAAGACAAACCAGAAUCACGAUGGCAAGUCAGUAGAGACUUCAAAGACCAUGAUUGCUAAAUACGAUGAGCUCAGGCAAGGCAAAUGGAAGGGAGUCAGUGUUCUUGGCAACUCUGAAACUGGUGAUGACAGGAAAUGUAACACUAAAAUUUCAAGUACUGAGAAGGUGGAAGGCUCUGAAACUAGAGCAGUCAAAGAAGAGCAACAAAUGACAACUGACUUGUCUCAGUCAAAAGGCAAGAACAAGAAAGGAAAAAAGAAGAAACACGACAAGACCAACAACUGUGUUGCACUGAGAACUGAUGAACAUGCUGAAGGUCAGGACAGUGUGAUGGCUUCCCCUGGUAUUCCAAGACCCAAACAUAGCGAUGAUGUGUUCCUUCCCAAAGACAUUGAUCUUGACAGCGUGGAGAUGGAUGAGACAGACCGUGAGGUGGAACAUUUUAAGAGGUUUUGCCUUGAUUCUGCCAAGCAGACAAGGCCAAAGGUCUCUGUAAACUGGUCUAACUUUAGCCUGAAAAAGGGUCCAAGUACAGCUCACUGAAGAUAGCACCACAAUCCUGCCCAAUGAAAACUGGAAUUGUCCUGCAGUUAACACAUUCCUUACUGUAAUGGGUAUUGGCCUGCUCUCCCAACUCAAAUCAAUUUGCUGUGAUGUAUAAACAACUUGCUGUGAUGUCAUCCACAACCAGUGCCUUAGCCAGAAGAAGUGCACAUUUCUAACUGGGUGGCACAAUUAUCUCUUGGGUUGGUUUAUUGUGCUUUAUGGUCAUUGUGAGAAAUUGUUUGUCAAUAGUUCUGACACCAGUGGAGCAAGUCUGAAUUUCAGUAGAAACCAAUAACAAUUUUAUAGAUGGACAACUGAUUUUUCCUAAAUGUUUUUUUGGGGGAAGAGUCAGAUGAAAUGUGGCGUAGGAUUUUAUUUUUGUCUGUCAAAGAGACAAUAAGAUGAUGCAGACAAUUUUCAUGGCACUUAUGAAAGGGAUUGAAAUUUAUCUGUACCUGUGAAUUAUUAUGGGAUUGACUUUUAGGAGAAUAUUAUACUCUUAAUUAUAAGCAAAAUCAGCCAGCAUAAAUAUCAAAUAAAAUAUUUCACUACUCAAAUUUUGCACCGCCAUGAGUGUAGCUUUACCUAGUCCCCUGUGGCAAGAAAUGUAUGGCAAGUACUGUCUUGGAAAAGUUUAGUGAGAAGGGCUGUAAAGGUGGCCUGUAGAUACAGUGGUCAUUGCUACAUGCUUCAGCGAUAUAGCAAAGACAACAAUCGAUGCCUUUGGAUUUUCUGUAAUAAACUGCAUUUAUUAAUGCAGUCUAUCUCCCCAGCUCUAAAUCUGAGACACUUACAUGUGUAUUUUUAGAAUUAAAAAUAAAUAGAGGGUGGUGAGCUAAGUUUUUAUCAUUACUUUGAAAACUGACAUCUAAGUUAGAGUAUCCUGCCUGUUUUCCUGGAUAAGUGCAUAAAUAAGCCUCAUUAUGAAACUCUGAUGAAAUUGAGUAAUGGUUAGGGAUAUAAAUUGCUGUAGUUCCCAGUAAAACUAGCAUUUCAAAUUAACUUGGAAGGAAAAUAUUCACACUUUUUUUUGUCUGUCUUUAGGUAUAUUACCCAGCUGUAUUGUUGACAACAGUUAAUUGAAAACCCAAACUGUAUGCUAUAAAGAAAUACAACUUGAGGCUAAUAGCAUUGUAAUUAAUUGUGCAAUGUGCCCAUUAUAGGUCAGUGUCAUAUACUUCAAUUAAAAUCCUUAUUUCAGCAUUUUUAUUCCAGUUAAAAGUUGUCUUUCUGCCUAAUCAUAGCAGCAACUCAAAGGUGCACAUUCCCUAUUUUAAUGAAUAUCUUUUUUUAAAGCAACUUUUGGCACCAAACCAAUAUGGAUUGUUAGUCCAUUUGGAGCGUAAAUUUCUGAUAACCGUAAUCUGCUGCGUUGAGUACCAGUGUUAGUUACAAAUAACUUGGUUAUGAUCUGAAAAUCCCGUGUUACCAAUGUACUGUGGUUGGAAAUGAUGAGCAAAAAAGAAGUGUUGCAUCUUUAAAAGGAAAAGUUGCAGCUACCAUUUUUAAUUACAGCAUGAGGGUAAUAGAGCUUGUCUUCAGUUUGUGUGAUCAUCUAAUCAAUUGUGGUGCAGUGCUGUUCUCAUAUAGCAAAUUAAUUGCACAAUGAUCUUGUACAAUGAUCAGACACUUUGAUCACAAGUCCAUUUAAAUUGCAUUCAGUCCAAGUGCUGCAUGUGUCUGCUAACAUUUGAGCACACUUUUAAUCUGAUCUCCUAGGCUAUUUCUUGUAGACGCGAUGCUAAAAUUAAUUUAAAAUUAAUUCUCCCUUCCUUUUUUAAUUAAUCCUAAUCCUUGAAUUGCUGCCACGUCCCAGCCAAGUAUAAUAGUGUAAUUGCCAGAAAGGAAGAAAAAGAUUUGGGCCAUGUAGUAUCUUCAUGGUGAGUAAAUAUUAACUGCUGAAAUUAAUGGUGACAACCAGCUGGUUGGUAUCUUCUGUAAGUCAUGGAAUAGACCACAUUUUACAGUGUGAUAUACUGUAAGUUAAAGGCUUCCUACUACACCACCAUAUUGGAGUGUGUAGUGG